CACAGUCCUGUCAUGCAACCACACCACCUGAUCUACUGAGAUGAUUUUGUUUCUGUUUUUAGGAUUCUCCAAAGGUCUCCUGACAGACGAAACUGGUACUUCUGAGGAGAUUGAUGACAUCCAGUUGGCUGGAGGAUCCAGCCGUUGUUCUGGUGAACUACAGGUGAAGAGCCAGGGUGUUUGGACAGAAGUGGAUGACCGUGACUGGAACCUCAAGUUAGCAGAUGCAGUUUGUAGACACCUGGACUGUGGUUCUGUGGUUGAAGUUCUUUCAAUCAAUCCCACAUUUUUAUCUUCAUGGAGAAUAGCACCUUUCUGUCUAAAUUCUGGAACUGAACUGAGGAAAUGUUUCAUGAAAAGGUCCAUAACUCCUGGUACCAGUCUGGGGAUCAUCUGUUCAGACUCCAUCAGGCUGGUGAAUGGAAACAGUCUGUGUUCAGGCAGACUGGAGGUGAAGUCUAACCAGAGGUGGUCCUCAGUGUGUGAAGAUGACUUUGACCAGCAGGAUGCAGAGGUGGUCUGUAGGGAGCUCGGCUGUGGGGCUCCUUCAGUCCUCCAGGGGGCGCUCUAUGGAGAAGUGGAGGCUCCAGUGUGGACCAGUGAGUUCCAGUGUGGAGGCCAUGAGUCUGCUCUCCUGGACUGUAGAACCUCAGGCUCAGAUAGAAACACCUGCUCACCUGGUGAAGCUGUUGGACUCACCUGCUCAGAGCCCGAUAUUGUCCGGUUGGUGGGAGGAUCCAGUAGUUGUGCUGGUGAACUGGAGGUGAAACAACAUGGCGUGUGGAGAAAAGUGGAUGAAGAAAAGAGUCAGUGGAAUCUAAAGACAGCAGAUGCAGUGUGCAGACAACUGGACUGUGGCUCUGCUGUUUCAACAGAGCGGAUAAAAAAUAAAUCUCCCCAAACUGUGCGGUGGGUUAGAUCAACUUGUCUUCAGUCCGGGUCUGCAGUUAGAGACUGUAUAGCUACAAGGAUUAAUUCAACUGAUUACAACCUGGAGGUCAAGUGUUCAGACUCUGUCAGGCUGGUGAAUGGAAACAGUCUGUGUUCAGGCAGACUGGAGGUGAAGUCUAACCAGAGGUGGUCCUCAGUGUGUGAAGAUGACUUUGACCAGCAGGAUGCAGAGGUGGUCUGUAGGGAGCUCGGCUGUGGGGCUCCUUCAGUCCUCCAGGGGGCGCUCUAUGGAGAAGUGGAGGCUCCAAUGUGGACCAGAGAGUUCCAGUGUGGAGGCCAUGAGUCUGCUCUCCUGGACUGUAGAACCUCAGGCUCAGAUAGAAACACCUGCUCACCUAGCAAAGCUGUUGGACUCACCUGCUCAGAGCCCGAUAUUUUCCGGUUGCUGGGAGGAUCCAGUCGCUGUGCUGGUGAACUGGAGCUGAAACAACAAGGCGUGUGGAGAAAAGUGGAUGAAGCAAUGCUUCAGUGGAAUCUAAAGACAGCAGAUGCAGCGUGCAGACAACUGGACUGUGGCUCUGCUGUUUCAACAGGGCGGAUACAGAGUUUAACAUCCAUACCUGUCUGGAGGAUUAGUUCAACUUGUCUUCAGUCUGGGUCUGCAAUUAGUGAUUGUGUAUCUACAACAACUGAUUCUGCCAACUACCACCUGGAGGUCAAGUGUUCAGACUCUGUCAGGCUGGUGAAUGGAAACAGUCUGUGUUCAGGCAGACUGGAGGUGAAGUCUAACCAGAGGUGGUCCUCAGUGUGUGAAGAUGACUUUGACCAGCAGGAUGCAGAGGUGGUCUGUAGGGAGCUCGGCUGUGGGGCUCCUUCAGUCCUCCAGGGGGCGCUCUAUGGAGAAGUGGAGGCUCCAGUGUGGACCAGAGAGUUCCAGUGUGGAGGCCAUGAGUCUGCUCUCCUGGACUGUAGAACCUCAGGCUCAGAUAGAAACACCUGCUCACCUGGUGAAGCUGUUGGACUCACCUGCUCAGAGCUCAAUGAAAUCCAGUUGGUUGGAGGAUCCAGCUCCUGUGUGGGCAGACUUGAGAUGAAACACAAAGGAAAAUGGAAACCAGUGUCUCUCUCGUUAUUUUCUAUGUGGGGCCUGAUGUCUAUAGCGGUUGUAUGUAGACAGCUGGACUGUGGUUCUGCUCUUUCAACAGAAACAGUACAUGUGGUCAACACAGAUACAUGGACAAUCCUAUCAUCCUGUGGUCAGUCUGAGUCUGCCAUCAGAGAAUGUACAUCAAUAUGGCCUAUUUCUUCCCAAGAUACUCUGAAAAUUACCUGCUCAGACUCUGUCAGGCUGGUGAAUGGAAACAGUCUGUGUUCAGGCAGACUGGAGGUGAAGUCUAACCAGAGGUGGUCCUCAGUGUGUGAAGAUGACUUUGACCAGCAGGAUGCAGAGGUGGUCUGUAGGGAGCUCGGCUGUGGGGCUCCUUCAGUCCUCCAGGGGGCGCUCUAUGGAGAAGUGGAGGCUCCAGUGUGGACCAGUGAGUUCCAGUGUGGAGGCCAUGAGUCUGCUCUCCUGGACUGUAGAACCUCAGGCUCAGAUAGGAACACCUGCUCACCUGGCAAAGCUGUUGGACUCACCUGCUCAGAGCCUGAUAUUGUCAGGUUGUCAGGGGGAACCAGUCGCUGCGAUGGCACGUUAGAGAUGAAACAACGGGGAGAGUGGAGACCAGUGACUAACAUCGUCUCUGGAUGGGACCAGAAGUUAGCAUCUGUUGCAUGUAGACAACUCGACUGUGGUUCUGUUGUUUCAACAAAAAUACGAAACCCUUCAGAUAAACCCGCCUGGUGGAUCAGCGAGACCUGUGUUCAGUCUGAUUCUAUACCCCUGCUGCGGGAGUGUUUAUUAGUUCCUGAUCAAGUCCCAUCACCCGUCAGCCGGGAGGUGAUCUGCUCAGAUAUUCUGGCUCAGCCAAACAUCUCCUUCUCCCCCCACAAUGACGGAUUGUCCGAGGACAAGCAGCUUCAGGUGCUCCUGGGCUCCAGUUUCACCAUCAGCUGCUCCAUCCUGCCCCAGCAUCCAGGAGGCUCUUUCCAGCUUACUUUGACCAACUCAGCAACAUCACAGAACUACACCCUGCCAGCUGUCAAUCACUCUGCCCACUUCCUGUUCUCUGCUGCAGACCACACCCACCAAGGGAACUACAUCUGUGUUUAUCACGUCUACGCUUUCUCCCGUAAAUUCUCCUCUGAGAGCCGCCGUCUCUACGUAGCUGUCGCAGCCUCUUUAACAGAUCUGAUCAUCAGGCUGGCACUCAUAGUGCUGAUGGUGGCGUUCAGUGCUGCCAUGUUUUUCUACUACAAGGUCAGCAGAAGGCAGAUGCUGAGACGAGAGGACAAUAUUGAGCUCGAUUACCUUGGUGGUGCUCAAGAUGGAAACAGUGGAGCUGAAGAGGCAGGAGUCGAGGGACCACAGUAGUGCACAUCCAGGGUUUCCAGGAGAUGAAUCAGUA